UCUGUCGCCAUCUUUCUUAAAGGGGGGUUGUGUAUUGAAAGGCUGCAAUAAGGUCUCCCUGGAGCCUUCUCUUCUCCAGGGUGAACAACCCCAACUCUCUCAGGCUUUCUCCAUAGGAGAUUAUUCUGGACACUAGAGGAACACCAGAAUUCAGACCUGUUAUGUCAGUCUGCUUUGCAAUUUCAGCAACGUUGAAAGCAAGCAGUUAACAAUGCUGCAGUAUCAGCUCAGCCUAGAGAAUUCUCCCACUUCAACCCUCUGUCACAGCAGUUCGGGUGGCAGUUUAAUCAUCUGAAGAACAAGACUAUGGUAUUUUUAAAGCAUCUAAUAUGGAACAUAGCAACACAUUUAAUUUAGAACUACUCUCAUUAAUGCUGGUUAUUUAGACUCCUCCACGGAAAAUAUGAUAUUUUUCCAGACUCUGAGGACUUUGGCCACUUCUUCAUAAAUAAUGAACCCAGUUUCUACAUCCAGACCCAGUUUGCCAUGGUUCCACGUUCCAAGAACGGACCUGCAUUAUAUCUAGAAACUUUCCAAAAAACAAUGGCCAGACUGUUGCAAGCUCCACCCAAGUUUCAUCCCUCAGAAUGGGACAUUGCAAACAAGAUGCAGUGUGCCAGUACAGAGUCUCAGAAAUCCAGGUCAGAGCGCAUGAUAGCAGAGAGUCGGAGGCUGCUGGAUGAAACAGAAAAGACAACUCAGAAAACACAAAGUGAUGUCAACAAGAAAAUAGAACAGAGACGGGAAGAAAUAAAAUUCUGGAAGCAAGAAUUAGAAAACAAACUUGAACAAAUUGUUCAUGAGACAGAGGUAUUGUUGACUUUCAAGACUAGGCUGGAGAAAUCUUUGGAGAGCUGCAAAGAGCCACUCGUCAUUGCCCAAAAGUGUCUCCUGAACAGGCAGAGGCGAGCUGGGAUUGACUUGGUGCAUGAUGAAGUGGAACAGGAAUUGGUGAAGGAAGCUGAAGUCCUCCAGGGGGUUAUUGCUUUGCUUGGACGUACAUUGGAACAAACCAAUGAGCAAAUCAGACUAAACCGUUCAGCAAAAUACAACCUGGAAAUGGAUCUGAAGGACAAGUUCACAGCUUUGAUGAUUGAUGAUUACUGUGCUAGCUUGACAAACAACACUCCUGAUAUCAGAUAUGCUGAUAAUGCAGUGAAAAUAGAAGGAAAUUUUGUUAGCCCUGAAGACUGGAUAGAUUUCUCAAACAUAAAUAUUGAAAAUGCUGACAAGCAGAGAAACAAUUCUUUGGCACUGGGGGCACUGAUUGAUGGCAUCCUCUCACAGACAAGGAAUGACAUGCGCAAGCAAUGUGAGAUGGUGAAUGUUGCGUUUAGAAAUAAGGUGAAGGAAGUCAAGGAUGCCAAGCACAAGCUAGAGACACUCCUUGCAAUGGUGAUGGAUGAGACUGCCUCACAGGAGAAGAACAUUGCAGCUUUAAAGAAAGCAAUCGCUGAUAAAGAAGGACCUGUUAAGGUGGCUCAAAACCGCUUGGAAGCAAGAAACCAUCGCCCCAAUGUGGAAUUGUGUUACGACACAGUGCAAUACAGGCUGAUUAGUGAAGUUCAAGAGAUUACAAAAAAUAUGCAAAGAUUAAAGAGCACACUGGCACAGGCUGAGACAGUGCUGAAAGGUCUGAGCCGCCGACAGCUUUCCUUGGAGGAGGAGAUCCAGGUCAAGGAGAAUACCUUGUACAUUGAUGAAGUGCUUUGCAUGCAAAUGAGAGAGUCUGUUUACAGCUUCUGAAGCCAUCAUACUGGGAGAGUGUGUGUGCUCCAAAGAGCCAGCUCCUGCUCAAAUUUUAUUGACAAACCUCUAGAUUUAUUGUUUUGGCUCAAUGCUGUCCUGGUUCUAGUUGUGCAAGGUAAUUAAAACAGACCUAGUACUUACAGCUACCUGUUUCACAGCUAUCUAUACUCUAGAACACCUGAAGAA